AUGUUUUUAUUUACAGCUUUAACUAGUCAUUUAUUUCGUGAUCGUGGUUGUUUACCAUUUGUUUUAUGGGGUUGGUUAAGUCCAUUAGUAUGGUUAACAAUGUGGAUUGCAUCACAUAUAAUAACAGAUAAAAUAAAAGGCCGAUCAACAUGUUGGUUAGAAGGAGAUAAUACAACAUAUUUUUAUUAUUUUUUUUAUGUUCCAUAUGCUUUUUAUUUACUUAUUAAUUUUGGAAUAUUUCUUUAUCUUGUUCGACUUCUCUAUUCAAAAUAUCAAUCAUUUAAUGUUCAAACAAAUCGUACAGGAAAUCGACAUUUAAUCAAAUCUAUUCUUAUAUUAAUUCCAUUAUUUGGUCUUCAUUCAUUAUUUGUUAUAUGGGUUUUUUAUCAUAGAAAUCAAGGACAUACUAUUUGGUAUUAUAUAUCAGUUAUAUUCAAAGCUGUUUUUGGUGAUUUACAGGGUUUUUUUACAUCAUUAAUUUAUUUUUAUUUUAAUACUGAAAUACGUUAUGAAGUUCUUCGACAAGUUCAACGAGCACUUAUAAGUAAUGAAACUGUUCGACGUAGUUCAGCUGGUGAUACAUUAUCAACACGUUUAUCAACAUUUCGUCGAUCAAUAAGUCGACAUCGUCAUUCAUCAAUACAAAAUCGUAAUGAACGACGUCGUAUGAAUCCUUCAUAUCCAAAUUCAUCAAUAAUAAAACCUAAACAUAAAACAUGUUGGAGAAAAUGUCUUACAUUAAUUUGUCCUUGUAUAAUAAAAAAAUUAAUUGAAAAAAGAAAUCUUCAAGAAGAACAACAGCCAGCUGAAUUAAAUAAUUUAAAUGAAAUAACACCAGCUAUAGUACCUGAAUUAGUUGUUGUUGAUGAUACAGGUGGUGUAUCAUCACCAUUAAUUGUACAAAUACGUUCAACAAAAGGUGCAAUUGAUAAUGAUGGUAUAACAUGUGAUACUGUUUUAAUGAAAAAUGAUAACGAAGAUUAUGAAUUAUUAACAGAUGAAAAUGAUGUUACUAUUCAGCAAUCAUCAUUUCAUGCUGAACAAACAUCAUCAUCAAAUCAUACACCGAUAUCAAUACGUUUAAAAAAUCUACAACGACAACGAUCAAAUAGUGAUGGUUAUGUUUUAAAAGGCUUAUCAUCAAGUCAUUUUGCUGAUAAUAAAUCAUUGAGAUAA